GAAACUGAUCAUAUUUAACCAUAACAAUGUCUGUGUACCCUUCGCGUUCGCUGAACACAAAGAUUAGAUCAACAUGAAUCUUUUACUCGGUGCUGUAGUUCUCCUCGUUUUCUUCGCGGUGAAAUUUCUCUACGCAAAUUUGUGGGUUCCCCGGCGAACAGAGCGUCACUUCAAGAAGCAAGGGAUAGGAGGCCCAGGCUACUGUCCAAUCGUGGGGAACUCGUCGGAGAUCCGACGGCUGUACGCGGAAGCGAAGUCAGAGGCGACCCCUGCGUUCGAGCAUGAUAACAUCUUGAGGCGCGUGGUUCCAUUUUACGAAAGGUGGUCUCGCGCGCACGGGAAAACUUUCCUGUACUGGUUCGGUUCAACACCCCGGUUGGCGAUAAUUGAACCGGACAUGAUCAAGGAGGUGCUGACGAAUACGCGCGGUGAGUAUGAGAAAGUUCCGUACAACCCUCAGUCGAAGUUGCUGUUUGGUCAGGGCCUUGUAGGCCUGGAUGGUGAACAAUGGGCUUUGCACAGAAGGAUUAUAAACCUGGCCUUUAACUUGGAGCUGGUUAAGGGAUGGGUGCCAGAUAUUGUGGCAAGUGUGACAAAGAUGGUGGAGAAAUGGGAAGACCAAAGAGGAGGAAAAGAUGAAUUUGAGAUAGAAGUGCACAGAGAGCUUCAUGAUCUUUCUGCUGAUGUUAUAUCAAGAACUGCUUUUGGCAGCAGUUAUGAAGAGGGAAAGCAUAUUUUCAACUUACAGGAGCAACAAAUGCACCUUUUUUCACAGGCUAUUAGAAGUGUCUAUAUCCCUGGAUUCAGGUAUUUGCCAACUAGGAAGAACAGGGAGAGGUGGAGACUAGAAAAAGAAACACGUGAAUCAAUUCUGAAGCUUAUUGAGACCAAGAGCCACACGGGAGAAAAUGCAAGAAAUGUACUAAGUUCUUUGAUGUGUUCCUACAAGAAUGAGGUUGGUGGAGAAGAAAAGUUAGGGGUGGAAGAAAUUAUAGAUGAAUGUAAAACCAUCUAUUUUGCUGGAAAGGAAACUACAGCUAACUUGUUAACUUGGACACUUCUUCUAUUAGCAAAACAUCAGGAAUGGCAAAGUAAGGCACGUGAAGAAGUUCUUCGUGUUAUUGGACACAAUCAACUUCCUGUUGCGGACAAUUUAAGCGACCUUAAGAUUGUUAGCAUGAUAAUUAACGAAACACUUCGGCUCUAUCCUCCAGCAGUGAUGCUAAUGAGGCAAGCCUCUAAAGAUGUGAUGCUUGGAAGCAUUAAUGUUCCUGCUAAGACUCAACUCUACUUGGCAUUGACUGCAGUUCAUCAUGACAGAGAAAUCUGGGGUGAAGAUUACCAUAACUUCAAUCCAACAAGAUUUAGCGAGCCUCGGAAACAUUUAGCUGCAUUCAUUCCUUUUGGAUUAGGCCCUCGAACAUGUGUUGGGCAAAAUUUGGCAAUGGUUGAGGCAAAGAUUGCUCUUUCUUUGAUCAUUCAAAGUUACAGUUUUGUGCUAUCUCCAAACUAUGUUCAUGCUCCUGUACUUUUUAUCACUUUGCAGCCUCAGUCUGGGGCGCAAAUCAUUUUCAGAAGGAUUUCAUAUUGAUGAUUUGUAACUUCCUUUUCCCUUUUCUGUCCUAAUGUGAUUUUUAACCCUGAAGCAUUAUAGCUAUAACAUUUUACUCUUUUUACUUGUAAACCUCAUGUAACCAGCUUUGAUAACCAGGGAAACCUUUUCAAUUUAAA